AUACCGGCGCCAAUACAGUACCACUACCAAGACUAUUCUCUUGAUUAAAUUCUGAAAUUUAGUCGUUUUUAGAAAACAAAGAUUGUUACUAUGCUUCCUAUGCUUCCUAAGACACAUACCUGGUUAUUGUGUUCCAAUCACCGUGGGAUAACACGUGGAAUUACCCGUUCAUAUUGCGAGAAAAUGGCUCCGAAUAAAGCAGAACCUUCAGCAGGAGAAACCAUUGAUGAAGAUCCUCCACCCAUGCCUCCUCCUCCAUUCCCAAGUCGUGAUUGGAUCGGCCCUGCUGAUAAGAAGUCUAAUCUUCGACGUGUCAUACUUGCUCAGCCUCAGAAUGAAACAGAUGUAGAAAGGGAUUAUAGAGUCUCAAGAACAGCUACAAAUGAUUGGAACCAUCAAUUCUGGUCAAAGCAGAAUGAGAUAUUCAUCAAGGCCAAAGAGGAAUUUGUUCAGGCUCGUCUUGGUGAGAAGCAGAAAGAGACGGAAGAUUCAUCAGACAAUGAUGUCAUAGGAUCUGGUGUAAAGCAAGUUCUGAGUGCUGAGGACAUGGCAGAGUUUUACCAACAGUUUUUAAAAGACAAUCAGCAUUCAUUUCAUGACUACAACAAGCAAUGGUAUCGCAAGAACUUCUCUCUCUUGUGGCCAGCAGUAAAAGCUAAUGUAUCCAUGUUCAUGAAGAAAAACAAAAGAUGAUGAAUCAAUAAUGAGCAACAAUGAAUGAACAUCGCUUUGAACACAGCUCCUACAUGUAUGGAAUUUGUGGAAUUUCAUGGAAUUUCAUGGAAUUUAUGGAUUUUCAAGGAUUUUGGAUGGAAGCUGUACAUGAUGAAUGUGUCUGAUGUUUGUUACAUCAGUUGCAUAACUUGGUGGAUUGAUGAGAUCCACACACUUCGAACUUAUCGUAUGCUCAAGGACUGCUUCAGUGUUUGUAACCAUCAACCGUUCAAUUUUUUAUUCAAACCUUUCCCACUUAUAAAUGCAUCUUUAAAAGAAUACUUUGAAAUACCGUUGCAU